AGGCGCGCCCCGCACUACGUCUCGGACUGGACGGAGGGCCACAACGCGAAGACGACGGCGUCGAUCUUCUUCAUGUUCUUCACGUCCAUCGCGCCCGCGAUCACGUUCGCGGAGCUCCUCGACCGCUCGACGGGAAAGAUCGGCGUCGUCGAGGUCUGCCUGAGCAGCUGCCUGUCGGGCUGCAUCUUCUCCAUCUUCGGCGGCCAGCCCCUCGUCAUCGUCGGCGUCACGGGCCCCGUGACCAUCCUGACCAUCUCCAUCUACGGCAUGGCCAACGCGCUCGACAUCGACUUCCUCAAAUUUUAUAUGUGGGCGCAGAUCUGGGCCGGGCUCAUGCACAUGGCCGCGGCCGCCGCGGGCUGGUGCGCGGCCAUCAAGUACGUGACGAACUUCUCCUGCCACACCUUCGGUUUGCUCAUCGCGACGAUCUACGCGGUGACGGGCGCCACCGGCAUCGCGCGCUACUACACGCGGUCGCAGUCCUUCGCGGCCUGCCUCAUGGAGACCAUCCUCGCGCUGGGGACGACGCUCGUCAGCCUCUACCUGGCCAACGCGACGAACUGGACGCUCUUCAACGCGAAGGUGCGCACGGUCGUCUCGGACUACGCGCCGACGUUCGCCAUCGUGCUCAUGACGAUCAUAUCGCUCAUCGGCCGCGCGGACGACCUCGGCGAGGACCUGACGCGCCUCGACGUGCCGCGCACCUUCGGCACGACCCACGGCCGCACCUGGUUCCUGAACCCCUUCGAGCUCGAGGGCUGGGCCAUCGCGCUCGCGCUCGUGCCGGGGACGAUCAUCCUGAUCCUCUUCAUCUUCGACCACAACGUGUCGUCGAUCAUGGCCCAAUCGAAGGAGUUCAACCUCAAGAAGGGGUCGGCCUACCACCUCGACUUCUUCGUGUUGGGGAUUUGCAUCGUGUGCACGGGCAUCCUCGGGAUCCCCCCGUGCAACGGCCUGAUCCCGCAGGCGCCGCUCCACACGAAGAGCCUCUGCGUCGUGUCCAAGGUGAAGCGCGGCUCCAAGACCGUGGACGUCGUCGACCGCACCUACGAGCAGCGCUACACGAACCUGGCCCAGGCCGCGAUGACGGGCGUCGUCUGCGCGCGGCCGCUCAUCGGCGUCCUGGGGAAGAUCCCCAACGCGACGCUCGACGGCCUCUUCCUCUUCAUGGCCCUGAGCUCGCUGCCGGGCAACGAGCUCUGGGACCGCGUCAAGCUCGUGGUCUGCGAGAAGCGGCUCCGGGAAUCGCCCAAGGACUGGUACGCGGCGCUCGACUUCUCGACGAUCGCGUCGUUCACGCGGCUCCAGUUCUCCGUCGCCUUCCUCAUCUUCUUCGUCACGCUCACGCCCAUCGCCAUGACCUUCCCCCUCUUCAUCGCCGCCCUCGUCUACAUCCGCACGAAGAUCCUGCCCAAGUACUACGACGCCGCGGUGCUCGAGCUCCUCGAC